CCACCAGAUAUAAUUGAGAGAGAAGUCCCUGUAGCUGUUCGGAGGUUGAGGGGAAAAACUCCUUUCUUUAGUCUCUUGAAUCGAAGACUUUGGUGUUUCCAUUUACACCAAAAAAGACAACCAAAAAGAAAAAAAACCGUCUCUUUUUCGUCGUUAAAUGUAACGGCUGGCGUACUCCAGUACGAUGGCUACUUGGAUACUUGCUGCGUUGUGCUGAGUCUGCUGACUGAGAUAACGUUAACGAUAAUUAACGGCGACUCAUCAUCUUCUGUGUUCGCCAUUAUCGUUUUCGAGCUCGCUAGUACGAAGUUUGUUGAUUAGCUUAGCUUUGAAAGCUAUUCGGAUUGCCGCUUUCAGUGGAGGUUUCGUACAAAUUCUACAACGGAUGCUUAUACGAGAGGAGUACGAUUUGGGAUUUGAACGGUUGAUGUUGUCGAGUUUAACAAGCUUUGAAGAGGGACUGAAGCGGAGUACGAUCCAUGUCUGAGAGAUUCGAGUCAGAUAGAUGCUUCAAUCAAACAAGAACGAGCUUCGAGACUUCGCUUCUGGGUUUAAGCAACUUUAGGCCAGAAUCUCAUGUAGCUCAACAAAGCCGCCGUGAUAAGUUAAGGUUUCAACAUCAUUCAAACCCAUCCUUCAUUGAACCUGGGAUUAACAUUAACCCAGAUCUUCUUCAAGUUCGGAAUGUUAGGAAUUGUGAUCUAAUGUAUGAUCCAGUUAUGUAUUCUUCUUCUUUGGGAAUGUUAAAUUAUUCGAACACCCAUGGUCUGCAACAAGAAAGUGCAGAAGAUCGAAAUGGUAGGUCAUCAGUGGGGACGGAGGAUACCCCAUUUGUUUGUCAUCCAGUUCAUUCUUACUUUAAUCCUCCAGCUAAGGCAAGUGACCCGAACAAUCCUGGUUACUGGAAAGGGUUUGGGUCACAACAAAAUUGUGAUUGGAUUGAUUCUUCAUUUGUCGGGGGAAUCUUAUCAGGAACUGUGAAGGAAAACACCAUUCCUUCGCCUACUCUUUAUUCCAAGCCUGCAUCAAUUGGGUAUGAAGAUUUAAGAUCACCUUUGGUGAAUCCAGCGAAUGAAAUAUCUGGAGAAAUGCAAUUCAGUUCUCCUCCUUUAUUCUACCAAAAUACUCUUCAGGAAGUUGUGACUUCUUCAGGUAUUGGGAGACAAGGUUUUGAAAUGGCUUCUGUUUCACAGCAAAGAGCUAGAGAAACUGGUAAUUCAUGGGUAAAUGAUGGAAAUGAAUUGGUUCUUUUUCCAUCUUUUGGAAACCAGAACAAUGGUUUGAUUCAUAAGUCUUUGGAUGGUAAUCUUGAGAUGAAGUCUGAAUUGGAUUUCGUGGCGAACAAGAGUGGAAAAUUGGGAACUAUUGCUAGUGAUUCUACGCCGCAGGGUCUAUCGCUGUCACUUUCUUCGCAUCGACCUUCUGAAAUGCUUACGGUUCAGUUUGGAGGAAGAUUUGGGUCUGAAGAUUUUCAAUCCCAAGCUAAUGGUUUGAGUAGUUCUCAAGAUUCAAAGACUAGUGGUUAUUUGUGUUCAAGUUCGAAGUCCCCUCUUACAUGUGUUCGACGAAAUACGGCUCCUCUUGGCCCCUUCACUGGGUAUGCAAUGAUUUUGAAGUGUUCAAAGUUCUUGAAACCUGCCCAAUAUCUUCUGGAUGAAUUUUGUAAUGUCACUAGCCCAAGGUUCAUGGAGAUGUGUAAAACAACUGAGAAGGGUUCAAGUAACAUUAUCAGUACAUGUAAUACCACUGACACUGAGACUGAGAUUGGCCCAAGGCCUGGGAGAUCUGGCAUCUCCUCCUCUUCAUUCUAUGGUUCUAAUGAAGCUAGUGGUGAAUGUGGAAGUGGAAAUGGACCUUAUCAGUCAUGUCACCCUGAGUUCCAACAAAAGAAGGCAAGGCUAUUAUACAUGCAAGAAGAGGUUUGCAGAAGAUAUAAGCAGUAUCACCAGCAGAUGCACAUCGUGGUAUCAUCAUUUGAAUCAGUAGCAGGUCUAAGUGCUGCCACCCCCUAUGCCUCUUUGGCAUUGAAGGCUGUUUCAAGGCACUUCCGGGGCCUGAAGAAUGUCAUCUCAGAUCAACUUCAACAUAUAAACAAGGCCAUUGGGGAGGAUUUGUCAUCCCCUACCACUGUUACAAGUAAUAGUAAAGGUGAAACAAUUUCACCCAAGCUAAGGUUCGGUGACCAUGUCGUUCAUAAGCACAAGUCAGGUGGGGACAGUCCAGGCAUCCUUCAACCCCAACAGCAUAUCUGGAGACCACAGAGGGGCCUCCCAGAACGUGCAGUUGCUAUUCUUAGAGCAUGGCUGUUUGAGCAUUUCCUUCACCCGUACCCAACUGACACAGACAAGGACUUGCUAGCUUCUCAAACUGGUCUUACUCGAAACCAGGUAUCAAACUGGUUCAUCAAUGCUCGAGUGCGGGUGUGGAAACCUAUGGUUGAGGAGAUACACAUGCUUGAAACCCAAGGAUCAGCUGAAACCAACCUGAAUUCCAGCAAUAAUGUUGGUGCACCUGUUGCCACCAACAGUAGCACUGAGCCCAUGGGAGAUCGUAACCUAAACAAGUUCGCAGUAGAUGCAGUGUCUGAGAAGGGAUCUGAAUGCUCAGGAGUAGUAGCAUUGCCUAACAGGGAAGAUGAUCAGAGUUCUGAACAGUGUAAUCAGGGGAAGCGUUUGAGGAUGGAGUCUCAAUUUCCAGCUGAUGUUUGUGGGGACUUGAUGGGUUUUAUGCCGUACAACCAAAAUAGGCUGGAGAUUGGGGGUGUGGGAGCUGUGUCACUCACCUUAGGUCUUAGACACAGUGCGGAGGGUGGACAACAGCUGCAGCAUAGACAGGAAAGACAACAUGAACAUCAACUAAUCAGUCAUUUUGGGGCUCAGAUAGUUCAUGGUUUUGUGGGUUGAUUUUGGGCUUAAACCUGGGUGAAGGCAGUGCGGGAGGGAGGAGGGAGAUGGGUGAGGGAAGAGAGGGAUUUAUUGGCUUUGUACUUUUAUGGAUAGAUUUGAUAGUAAUGAUGGCUUAAGUGCACACAGUUGAUCUAGGGGCAGCUGAGCAACAUCCAAAAGAGUAGGUGUUCAAGGCCCACUGUGGGUCUGUUGAGGUGGGAAAUGGAGAAAAAGGGGAAGAAGGCUCAUUGGUGUUACUUUUGUUUUCAGGUCUUUUGACUCAUGAUGAUUCCUUCUUAUUGUGCAAAAGAAUCAGAUUGAAGCAAAA